CUUAUUUUGUUGGUCAGGUUAAGGCGGGUUUUCACAUUUUCUUCACUGAAAGAUUAUGCCGGCGAAGGAUAAGCGAUGGGAGACCCUGGAAGCGCUGCGCCAGUCGAGGAAAGGGCGGCUGAGCUACGAUACGAGCUGGCUGGAGGAGGGAGACGAUAUUUUGGAACAAUGCCAAUCGACACCCAAGCUUUCAGUAACCUCAGCCUGGAUACUGGACCGUUUCUCCCAACCGGAGGCGCAGUCUAACACCACAGAGAGUUUGACACCCCUGAUCCAGGGUCUUGCUGGAAACAGCCAAUUGCCAGAGAAGUCUGUUCCUUCUCCAGAGCCACGGACAGAAGACAAUAAAAAUAAUAAUUUGCAGCAGUUGGUGCAGGAAUUGACUCCAGAACGUACACUUCUGCUGCUUUCACCAGAAGCCACUGAGAUUGAAGGUUAUGUUAAAAUCUUUGAGGGAUUCCAUAGAUUUAGAGGCCAGAGUGAACUGAAGCAUCGCCAGGAAUUUCAACAGAAAAUUGUUCAGGAUCUCUCCAAGUCAUCUGCUGAACAAAUGAAGCGAUUUGAAGAAUCACUGGAGCUUAAGCAACGUCAGGAAUAUGAGGAGAUGCGUGAUAUGAUGGAAAAAGGGUCUCUUGAAGCUCAAGGACGUCAAGAAAAGCUAAAGGAAGAGCACCGGCGCAAAGCAAAGAAUAUGAACCUAAAACUACGAGAAGCUGAACAGCAGCGGCUACGACAGAAGGAGUUGGAGCGUCAGAGGCAAGCAGAAAGUCGGGAGCGAUUGCGCCGGCUGAAUGCCAUCCAGGCUGAAGUGUUAAAUCUGAAUCUGCAGAUUGAGCCCUACUUAAAACAGAAGGAGCUGGUUGGACUGGACCUCUCCGAAUACAGUAAUCGUGGCAAUCAGCUGUGCAGCCUGGUGUCGGGAGUUAUUAAGCUCACAUCAGAGGGUGGCUUGCUACAACAAGAGGACAUGCUGAAUGCAGAGCAAGCUCUACUGCAAAUGAGAGAGCUGAUAGCCGCCAUGAAUGAAAAAAUUGCUGCUGUAGCGGCAGAGAAGAAGAGGAUCAAAGAAGAGGAGGAGAAAGCACUUCAGAAAAAGCAAGAAGUCAAAAAUGAAAUAGUAGCACCAGCUCCUCAACAGAAGCCACGUCAUAAAGAAGGGCUCCAGAUAAAGGCAGAUCCAAGCACUUUGCAGUGGUACCAACGAUUGCAGGAUAUCUGUGAUCAAUGUGCAGCAUCCAUCACUGAUCUUAGCAACAGCAAGGAUAGUAAGGUUAAGAAGAUUAAAAUGGAUCUUCAGAAGACAGCAACCAUUCCUGUUGGUCAGAUUUCUUCCAUUGCAGGGUCUCAUCUGCGUGAAAUCUUUGACAAGAUCAAUAACCUUCUCUUAGGCAAGCAAAUAUCCUCGGGUGGUAAGUUGGUGUCAAUUGCUCAUCACCCGCAAGGUCAGGACUUCGUUUAUUACAAGCUGGCAGAAAAGUUUGUGAAACAAGGGGAGGAGGAGGUUGCAUCUCACCAUGAAGCUGCAUUUCCAAUAGCAGUGGUUGCUUCAGGGAUCUGGGAGUUUCACCCGAAGGUUGGCGAUCUUUUCUUGGCCCACUUGCACCGAAAGUGUCCCUAUGCAGUCCCGUUUUUUCCUUCGUGGAAAGAUGGGUUACCAAAGGAAGAAUACCAAAGGUUAUUGGGCUACAGAGUGCAAGAAAAUUGCGUUGAGCAGCAGGACAACUUUCUAAAACGGAUGUCUGGAAUGGUUCGCCUGUAUGCAGCCAUCAUACUGUCCAGAUGGCCCUAUGGAACAAAGCAAGGAGAACAUCCGCAUGGCCUGAAUCAUGCUUGGCACUGGCUGGCUCAGAUGUUAAACAUGGAACCACUGGCGGAUGUAACUGCCACACUACUCUUUGACUUCUUGGAGGUCUGUGGUCGUGCUUUGAUGUUAAAGUAUCAGAACCAGUUUUGGAAAAUGAUCCUACUGCUCAUGAAUGAAUAUUUCUCCAGGAUUGAAGCUGUUACAGGCAAUGGACAAGUUGGGGCUGUGAUCCGGUUACGACAGUUCCUGGAGAAAUGCUUGAAACAAAAAGAUUUUCCUUUACCGAAAGGUUACCUACAGCCUGGAUUCUGGAAGUCAUGAACAAUGCAAAGGGCUGGAUCAACAAGCCAAGGGAAUUUGAUUUGUUUUAGCUUAAAACACUUUCUAUUUUAAUUUUAAUAUAUUAACAUUAUUUUUGAUGUUUAACUUAAGUGAUUGGUAGAUUCAAAAAAAAAAAUUUUUACUUGAUUUGUCUCUUCUGUUAUUACCUCCUUGCUUGUAUUGUUAUUGAUGUUCAAAAUUUUGUAGUCCACUGAAUAAUAUUAAGUGACAAGAGGGCAAGCAAUGUUUGUGAAACAGUAUUAUAAUUGACGUUUAGUGAUUGCAUUUAUUAUGUAACGUGACAUGAAAUGAUCAUGUGGCUAUUAUAGUAUGAAAUAUCAGUAUCAACUUUACUCAUAGAUUGCAUCAAGUAUGGAAUUUAAGGAUAGGUACAGUAAAUAUUUCAUGAAAGUAUUGACAGGUUGUGGGAAUCCCUUUAAGAUGCUGCAUAUUAAUUUUCUGAAAAGCUAUGUGGUAUCUUGUGCAAUAAUACAUGAAUGAUUUCAUUCUUUGUGAAUGUUUGAGUAACAUGACUGCCUGAGAUUUAAUGAUUUUUUGUUUCAUUUUGAAGGCAACAUUUUAAAUUACUAUUUUGCAAGCCUUUUAUGUGUUUUCCAUUAACUCUUGAAAGGUGGGGAGAGCUGCUUUACAUCAAUCUUCCAAUCUUCCCCCAAAAAUAUUCUUCCUUUAAAACAAGGAUAUCUAACCUUUCUUAUGCCAUGAAGCCUUGCCAUUAACAGAGAGUCUGUGGACCCUGGGUUGGGAACCCCCUCCUUAAAGGAAAAUAAAGUUUAUGACUUUAUUGUGUCUAUACUCUCUUCUGGGAAGUAUUUUUUUGGCAUGGUGGCAGAUGAGGAUGAGGAGUUUUUUCUGCUCCUCCGACAUUUUAUUUUAACACUUUUGAAGUUGUGAUACUUUGGGUAUAACAUGAGGGAUGAUCAAUAUUGCAUUUAAAUGAAGCUUUUAGGAAGUCUCUUGCAAAUGAGAAAGGCUGUUUCGUCCACCUGGUUUGUGGCACUGUGCUCACAUAAGCUGACUUUGUGGAACACACUGGCACAAACCAGAUGAAUGAAAUGUUAAGUUAAUAUUAUCACACAUCAGGUGAUAAUUCUUCAAUUUCUUUUCACCCUAAUGCAUACUGAAUAGAAUAAACUUUAGCAAAUGUAGCUGUCAAUACUGAACUUCUAAUUGCAUAGAAUUUGUCACAAAUCAAAAGACUAUUUGCCUCAUCUAGUCCAAACUUUUUAUGUUUUACCUGAGUCUCCUCACUUUCUACUUCACCUUGUCCAUCUGCAUCAUUUUCUUUGUUUCUUGAAUUUAUUGAUGACUGACUUGUAUUUGAGAUCCCCAGUUUUGGAUUCUUUCUCAACGUGCAGUAUAGUCUUCUACAUUUCCUUUUCAUAGCCAUUUAUAAUUUUAAAGAUCUCUAUCUCUUCCAAGUUAAUUAUAUUUUAGUUAAAAAUUAUUUUUAACUAAGAUAAUUUUAAAGCUUUAAAUGGAGAUACAUAUUUGCAUUUUUGAGUAGCGGAAACUGAGAUUAACUAGAUUUUUAAAAAAGGAAAAUAGCCAUGUGAUACCAGUCUCUAUUUCUUCAAUGCAAGGAAAAAGUAGUUUUGAAAAUGUUGCUGUAUGAGGAAAUACCUGAUUUUCAUUCAUAAAUAAAUGUCAAAUGAGAAUAUGCUAUCCCACUCCCAUUUGAUUUCAUUCAUAGUGCUUUGUCAUAUUGAAUGUAUUAUUUUUGUCAAAAGAAAAUGUUACCUUCCUAAAAUGCACAAUUUGUGUUUUUUUUAGAAUUGUUAACUUGCAUCUUUGUAAUUCAAUAUGUAUUAAUGAACUUCUGUCCUAUAUGCAAGAUUCAAUAAGUACUACUUUUCAUGUAACAAUGUUAGUAGAGCAAAAUUAUUCCAAAAUGUAUAACAAGUAUUAUUAAGCAGACAAUUGAUACUGUGGAAGUAUUGGGGCAGUACCAGAAGUUUUGUUUAAAUACCUAGUGUUUUACUGAGAUGGAGAAUUAAAGAAAAAAAUUAAAAGCUUGAAUGAAGGAGAGAUUUCAAUAUAAGAUGGCUGAAUGAGCAAAAACUUGAAGUGUGCCGAUAAAUCUGAGGAGCUAUAGAAGAUUUUACAGAUGGGAAGGGGCAAAAGCUGAAAACAAGGUUAAGAGUUUUAAAGUUAAUGCCUUAUAUAAUUGAAACAGAAUGGUGAUUUAGUGAUGCAGUUUGGAUUAUAUGUAGCAGAUCUGUCUGAUAGAACACAGUUGGGCAGGAGUAUAUUGAAACGUUCAUGUGUAAAGGUAAUAAAGCCUUGGAUAAGGGUUUUGGCAGUUGAAGAGCUCAAAUGGGAAGAGUUAGAUAAUGCAGAGUUGGAAAAUAGAACAGUCCAAAACUGACACAGAAAGUAAGUCCAAAUUUAUCUUGGUCAGGACUGUAUUUAAGGUUGAGUAGUUUGCUCCACUUUCAGAAAGUUGCCAGUGAGUUGGUAACUGGAGAAUGAUGUUGUGACACGUGCUUUUUCUUCUUCUAAUUUUCUUGUUGGAAGAAACUUCUGCAGAUCCAGCCCUACAUGUCAAGACAGUCUGACAGUAGAAAUUGUGAUGUGUUAAACCUGGGUAUUAAAUGCAUGUUUGUGGCAGGUGCUGUGUUUUGGGAUGAUGUUGCUGAGAGGCAGCAAGUUAACAGUAAAAGAUAAAAUUAAUGGGUAAGAUCAGUAGUAGCAAGUGUUUUCUGGCUAUAAUUAGAUAAGAAUGGUGCAGGCAUGGAUCAUCCUGUUCUGUUGACAUGUUGGGUGGAUGAUGUAAUCAACUGUGCCAAGCUAAGGCAGGUUAAGGACAAGGAGGGAGAUCCUCUGGUCUUUUCCAGAGAGUGCAAUAACACUGUUGACUCCAUCCACGUUUUUACUUAUCGAGAAUGAGGAACAUCAGUUGAGUUCCAGCUGAUCACCACUUCAAGACCUUUGUAAGUUGCAUGUUAAUUUGUGGCAAGUGACUGUUAAUUGCAUCUCAAACAAGAGAAAAUCUGCAGAUACUGGAAAUCCAAGCAACACACACAAAAUGCUGGAGGAACUCAGCAGGUCAGGCAGCAUCGAUGGGGAAAAAGUACAGUCAAUGUC